GCCCCAACAUGGAUGUAUUUAGGACUGAGAGGUGGUGGAGGUGAUGCAACGUUUCUGUGCACCUGUGACCCCCCACCCCUCCCCUCUCUUCUCCUCGUCUCCCACACACAAGCACACACACGCUCGCGCAUCAACCUGGUGCUACUCCUGAGAGGAGUAGGACGCGCGAGCCAUUUGGGUGGAGCAGCGGCGUCGCGUGCUGCGGAAUAGCGCGCGGUUUGGUUGCAGAUGCGGGUCGCCGAGAGUAAGCGCGAGGCGGGGGGAAAUGGCGAACGGGCGCGGGCGGCGGUGCGCCUUGUGAGGAGGACACAGUAGACCCCGGGAGCGCACGCAGGCAGGCAGCUCGAGGAGGACACGCAGGAGAAGAACCAUGGACGACUCGGAGCCCGCAGAGGACGGCUUGCUCGCGGGCUUGCGGUGGAACAGGAGCGCAAGGGACCAGGCUCAGCUCAAACACAAAAUCCGGGACCUACCGGGGCUACUCAAGCACGGGCUGCACCUGCGGAAGAAGAGCCAAUCACCUGACACCAUCCCUGGACCAAGCACUGGACCUGCAGUACACAAGUCUUGUUCCCAGAGUUUUCCAUGUGCCGGUCGCUCUGUGAGGAACGCCUUCCUCUCUCACGGACCGUACCCAGCUAAAGACAAGAUACACCUGGCCAGAAUCAUACGGCGUAGCUAUGUGGGGGUGGAGCUGGUGCAGUGGCUGUGCGAGCAGUGCGUGUACGUGCGCUGUCGGACGACCGCUGUGCGUGUCUGGCAGGUGCUGCUGGAGCUGGGAGUCCUGCUGUCUGUCGACCAGUGGGUGGUAUUUUCGGACUCCAACUCUUAUUACCAGUUCAGCUUUGAGGAGUGCGACUCCGCCUCCUGCGAGUUUCGCUCCAAUGAAGGGGAGUGGCCCGAGGCUGUUAAGCUCCUCCUACAACUCGCCCCAUACGUCCAGUUUCGCUCUGGGGGUGGAGCCAAUAGCCCGUCUGAUGAAGACUCUGAGGGCAACAGGGACGUCUGCAGCGAGAUCCUUCAGAUGAAAGCUCUCGAGAGGCUCACUUCCACGGUACAAAGUGAACUGGCGGCUGCUCUCGCUCGUAAGACUCGCAAAGCUUUAUCAGAGCAGGACUCUGAGACAACAGAGACGAGGCACCAGGAGCCGAGCACGCCCAGCGAGGAGAGCAGUCCGCUGGGCGGAGUGUGCACUUUGCGGGACGGCGGAGGCAGCGGCGGCGGAGGGAUGGGGACCGUGUGCGGCCGCGAGGAGCUAACCAGCCGACUGGGGCUGGAGGCAGUUCAGCGUCUGGCCAAGGACGGCUGCCGGCUCCUGCAGAACCACAACUACCGUCUACCCGACAGGAACCAGGCGGAGGCGUUGGGGAGGGUUUGCCUGAAGGAGAGAGGACGGGACGUGUUGGUGUUGCAGCGCGUGACAUCAUCGGUCACGUCGCCGUCCGAUCGGCCCUCGCCCACGUCGUCAGGGGGCGGGUCCAGAGACGAGGAUACCGACAAGAGGUAUGUGGUGGUGUCGGGAACGCCACUCAAGAUCUUGGAACAUCUGCUAAGUGACCUGCGACUGGACGACCAAAGAGGCGCACCGGAAAACAGGGAGAGCGAAAUGCUCCUGGACGACUUCCUGUUGACCUACCUGGUGUUCAUGUCCACUCAUGACCUCUGCCAGGCUCUACUGGGACACUAUAGCAGCGCUCGCUGCAGGGGCCAGGAGGAGGGCAAAGACGCCCUCUUCAGGAAGCGUAAGGUACUGCAGCUGGUCUCACACUGGAGCAGACUUUACAAGGACUUCCUCAAAGAAGAGGAGCAUGUCAGGAGCUUCAUGAAGACUCUGUACAGGUGUGUCUUAGAAGAUCUGUACGAGUUCCCCACAUUGGAGAAAGACCUGAAGGAGUUUCAGAAACUUCUGCGUCGCAGACAUACGGUGGAUGACUGCCCUCCAAACCAAAAGAGCAAACAGAUGUAUCAGCAGCUGAGUUUGAAGGAAAACUGUUUGCAGUUCCGCAGCCCACAGACUGACACCAGAGAGGUUAUUUGCUGUGUGUAUGUGAGUGCUGAUUCCUACCUGAGCAUCCACACGAACCCCUCGUUGGAGGCCCACGAGCUGCUGAGGAUUGUAGGUCUGAAGAUGGACAGAGCAGAGGAAGACAUGGUGCUCGCUGUGGUGUCGCACACUGGAGAGCGGAGGAUGUUACAACCCAGUGACUGUGUUUAUUCCGAGUCUCUGACCCCACAGGGAAAGCUUGUGGCCUGUCGCAGGGAUCUCAAUGAGAUCUUGCCUCCCCUAACAGACAGUGCGGAGCUGAGCAGGAGGCCGGUUCGGCUCCUGGGCAUCAACACCUGGGAUGUUGCCGCUGCUCUCACGCACCUGGACUGGAGCCUUUUUAAAUCCAUCCACGAGCAGGAGCUGGUGUACUACACCCUCAGCCGCGCUCCUGGCUCUGGCCACACGGCAGCGCUCUCAGUUCUGCUGCAGCGUUGCAAUGAAGUCCAGCAGUGGGUCAUGUCCGAGGUGCUCAUGUGUGUAUCCCUCAACAAGAGGGUGCAGCUGCUCAAGAAGUUCAUCAAGAUCGCAGCCCACUGUAAAGCCCAAAGAAAUCUGAACUCUGCAUUCGCCAUCAUCAUGGGUCUCAACACCGCAGCUGUCAGCCGACUCAACCAGACGUGGGAGAAAUGUCCAGGGAAGUUCAAGAAGCUUUUUUCAGAGCUGGAGCUCAUCACGGAUCCGUCUCUGAACCACAAAGCCUACAGAGAGGCCUUCAAGAGGAUGAAACCUCCCAAGAUCCCUUUCAUGCCUCUUCUCCUAAAAGAUAUCACUUUUAUCCAUGAGGGAAAUAAGACCUUCCAUGACAACCUGGUCAAUUUUGAGAAGCUGCACAUGAUCGCAGACACGGUGAGAAUGAUUCGCCACUGCCAAAGCGACCAACAGGGCAACGAGGUGAUCGGGGUCGACAGUGCGGAGGUGAGGGCGAGCGUUCAGUACCUGCACAUUAUCGACAAUCAGCAGACACUUUUCGAACUGUCGCACAAACUGGAGCCACGCGCCUGAACGCGCGCACACGAGCGCAGACACAAUUGGACACAGCGGAGGAGCUGACGCCGCGUGACAUGGAGGACACUUUGUACAGCGAAAUGUCACACACUCGCACGUACGCUGCAGCAACAUCACGCGACCAGCGUUGGUGCCAAAUGGACAAUAAGUUGUGCACUGAUAAAACUGGUGGAGACACAGAGCUGCACUCAGUUUGCUCUUUAACGUGUAUUUACAAAGGAUUUCUAGAACUGCAGCGAGAUGGAGUUUUGCCAAACUGAGACUGAGAGCAGAGACGGUUGUAACUAAUUUGUACAGUAUCUAUUGGACUGAAUGUGUUUCGUUCUUGUGAUCAGUCUUUGGUUAUUUAUGAGCCUGUUCUGCAGGUAGAAUGUUCCUUUAGCUCUCGUCACCGACGAGGACUUGAUGGCAUCGUUUCAGUCACGGGCACAAAAACAUCUGUAGAGAGGUUUUGAUUCGUUUCUAGCAUUUAGGACAGAGUGGUCCGAUAUGAUUUCAUGCUUAGGUCUGCAUCGAGCAGAUCUGUGAAGGAAACGUUGAGGGUUUCGCUGACUGACUUAGACAUUUAAACACGUGUUCUCUCCUGAACAUUUCAGAGUUUGAAAGCUGUAACUGAAUAAUGAACAGCUUUAGCCAAACGUGCACUCUUCUCUUCUCUAGGAUGUUUUUGUGUGAAUAGAUACUAAUAAUUUUACAUUGUGUAUAUAAUAUGGACCUAUAUGUUUCUCAGUGCCAAACGUCACUCACGUUGGUUCUUGCGGCACAGGUGCACUGUGGAGGAAUCAGUGUCUUUUUUGCACAGGAUUGCAUUUCGUUGAGCGAAGCCCUGCUACGACGCCCGGUCCCUGUUCACGUAAAGCUGAUCGGACGCCUCUCAGAGAAGCUUUCUAACAUCAAGCCGACUGAGUUCAGGGUUUUGUCAUUGGAUCCCACAUACUUGUGCUUUCCUGUGCUAUGAUAACCAUAGCCACAGCAUAGAUUUAUUUUUUUCUUUUUGAUUUAUUUUUUUAAUCCUCAGAGGUUUGUUUGUGUUUACACAGAAUGUGAAUUAACAGCUUUAUUCCAUAAAAUCUAAAUUAUUAGGAUUUAUUCUUACUGACUGAAAAAUCCAUUCAUUCUGAGGUGGUAUCAUGUAAACUGUGAGAACCAACACAGGGUGUCAACGGAGUAAUUUAAGCACAAGCACUCAGACUUCCUCUGCUGGAAGAUAUUCAUCCCUAAAUCACUUGGCACAUUAACUAUAGUUCGCUAAAAGAAAUAUUCUUUCAGAUUGUGGCGACAUCUUCUCGUUGAUGCAGCCAUAUCAUGUGAAAAUCAUGUUUUCAAAUCACUGAGUUGGUCUUAUUAAUCAAAUUCAGCAAGUCCCCCAGGAAAGAAAUGCAACAUGGCGUCGUUAUGACAGUGUUGAUGAUGAUACUUACAAUUUAAAACAAGAAAGCCUUGUUUUUUUUCCCUCUGUAUCUUUUCAUUCUUUGUCAGUCGUUUCAGUCGCACAUUUCUGCUCAACCGGAGGAAUCAUCUGAACAUAUGCCGAUGCGUAUUUUGCGUUGUUUAGAUAAGUCAUGGGGGAGGCAGGGAUGGGAGUGAAGUGCAAUAUAGUAGAAAUGUUGUCAUCAUUUCAACACUAAACCUUUCAGAGCAAGCAGCUGCUUUCUCCUGCAGAUCAGGAUGGAUCAAAUGGACGAAAGAUAACCUGCCUUUUUGAAAACUUUUCCUUUGGUUCAUUGCAAGAAAGCAAACGUAGUCACUCUUGAGUUUCGUGUUAUUAGCAGCUUCUCACUUUGCAUUAAAAAAGAGAAAUAAGACACUUUUAGCUUGUGUCUAAAAGUCUCCAUUAAACAAAUGUUGACAGACUGGUUGUGCUUUUUGCUAACAUUAGCCGUCGUUCGCUACUGUUCAGACCGAGUGAUCCUGUCUCAACAGCAUCUGAGUGCAAUGAAUUAAAGGAAUUAUUAUUUCUGAAUUCAGAUGUUCAUUCGUAUCAGGACCCCUGUGUUGUUUCUUCUCUUUUUAAAGAUGCUUUUCGUGAAAUUCUUUAACUGCUAGGACCAUGAUCUGCUUGUUAUUUGGUGUCAUGCGAAGGCCUUGCGGUUGUUAUUUUCACUAUUAACCUGUACAUGACGCACACACACAAACACACACCUCUGCUCACUGUGUUCAAAGAGCAGAAUUAUUGUUAUAUUAGUUAUUUAUUGUAAUAUAUUGUUUAUUUAUAUAUUCCAGAGGUGACAACAUGUCUCCGUUUCUGUGCCAUGUUCAGAGGUUCAACACAUUUGUGGUUUAAAGCCGGAAUGUAAAAGUACUUGUCGUUAUGUUUUGUGGCCACUUGAGGGCAGCAGAGGAGCAGGUCGGUCUGUUGACGCUGCAGAGAGGAAACCAACAGGAGGCUGUAUUUAGCGUCCACUGUCACGAGUGUGUUUUUUUAAAGUAAUGUUGUUUAAAGCCUGUUUGCAUGAAACAAAAAAACACAAAGUUCACAAUGCAAGAGGGGACAUGUUGAAGGCUUUGUACUAUUGUAAUAUUGUUGAUGUGUAAAUAUAUGCCUACGUUUGGUAUGUUGUUAUUAUUUAUCUGUUGUAAAUGGAAGAAGAAAAAGAAAAAAGUCAACCACAAAGCAAUACGUCUCCCUUUGUGUCCCCUCGACCUUUGGACAGCUGAAGUCACACGUCUUUUCUAAAGCUGCGUUUUACUAUGUCAGAAUUUUACUGAAUAAAUUAAUAAAUUAUAGGUUUUAUGUGACAACUU